AUGCUGGCUGCCCAGUGUAACAAAUUAUCAAAUAAAUCUCCACCGCCGUUGGCAGAUGCCGCUGUCGGUAAGGGAUUUCAUCCUUGGAAAAAAAGUCCCACUUCAGCUCAAACAAGUAGCGGACCGACUCCCGUAAAUAAUUCGGCCUCGAGCGCUUCUUCUGGAAAUUCAACAUAUUCUACUAGGCCCGUGAUGACAUCGAGUACUUGCGGAUCGGUACCGUCGACGACUUACGGGAACGAUUUAUAUUUUCCCGGAACGACGUCGCAAUCGCCCAUUUCGGACAACCAUCAUCACAUGCUAGGAAAAGUGGAAAACGCUGCCACGGCGCAUCACGCUGCCUUAAACAGCGUUUAUUCUCGGCACCCUUACGAAAGCUGGCCGUUUAACACUAUGUCGGGCGCAACACAUCACGCUGCCAUCAAACCAAACGAUAGCGCUGGAACAACGUGGUGGGACGUGCACUCGGCUGCCACGGCCGGAAGUUGGCUUGACAUGAGCGGAGCUGCAGCUGGAAUGCAUGCUCAAAUGGCAGCGGCAAAUUAUGCAGCCUCAUCGGAUUAUUCCACGCUCACUCACAGUUUGGCCGCAUCCAACACCGCCCACCAUUUGUUGUCUUCGGGUCAACAUCUCUUGCAAGAUACGUAUAAGUCAAUGUUACCGGGAGCGCAAAGCGUGGGAGCAUCUUUCGGACUGGGCCAUCCGGGCGCAGCUUCACCGGUUUCGCCGGCAACCUCGCUGCCACCUCAGGUUCCUUCGCCUCGCUCCCAACGUCGAUAUACCGGCCGAGCGACCUGCGACUGUCCCAAUUGCCAGGAGGCGGAACGUUUGGGACCCGCGGGAGUUCACCUGCGCAAGAAAAACAUACACAGUUGUCACAUUCCCGGAUGCGGAAAAGUCUACGGUAAAACGUCUCAUUUAAAAGCCCAUUUGAGAUGGCACACCGGAGAAAGGCCGUUCGUGUGCAAUUGGCUUUUCUGCGGAAAACGAUUCACGCGUUCGGACGAGCUUCAAAGGCAUCUUCGAACGCACACGGGAGAAAAAAGAUUCGCCUGUCCAAUAUGCAACAAGAGAUUUAUGCGGUCCGAUCACUUAGCGAAACACGUUAAAACUCACAACGGAAACGGAAACAAGAAAGGUAGUUCAGACUCAUGCAGCGAUUCUGAAGAAAACAGCCAAACCGAUUUGGCAGGCAACGUAGCAAGUCCCGUUUCAGUGAAUAACACUCCACCGCCCCCAAAUGCCGCCGCCAAUCACGUCAUCGACACCACCGUUGACAUCAAACCGCCUCUGCCAAACUUGGUCUGA